AUGUCUCUUCCAAAUAUUUAUCCAGAGCAUUAUACUAUUAAUACAAAUUCUCCUUAUUAUAGAGAAUUAAUUCCUAAACCAAUGUUUGAUGCAAUAUUUGAAAAAGCUAAAGUGAUGGCAAUUGGAUUUUUAUGUCAAAUGGAUCCUUCACAUGCAGAUUUAUAUAAAACACAAUUUCCAUUAAUAUUUCCAGAACUUGAAGCACCAUUUUUUAAACAAGGACUAUACGAAAUGUUUGCAGGAUGUUUAGAUCCAGAGUCUGUUAAUUUUAAAUUUGUAAUGAAAAGUGUUGUAGCUAAAAUAGUUUGUUAUGGACGUUAUUGUAUGGAAAGAAACCUUUAUCAAGAAGAAUUAAAUAAAAUUCAAAUUAAAAAACCAAUUUAUAUUGUUGCACUUCCAAGGAGUGGAUCAACAUUUACACACACUGUUCUUGGAUGUGAUCCUAAAUCAAAGAAGGUAUUAUUUUAUGAACACCUUGCACCAGGAAGUCAUACAAUGACUAAAGAAGCUCGUUUAAAGAUUUCUGAAAUGAUUAUUGGACAAGUUACAAGUGAAGGAAAAGAUUUAAAUAAAUGUCAUAAUAUGGAUAAUAUGAUGGUUCCAGAAGAAGAAUUAUUCUUUAUGGAAGGAUUAGCUCAUUCAUACAUUUUUAGUACUUCUCUUCCAAGAUGGGAACAAUUUAGAAAAUCUGCUUUUGAAAAAGAUUAUUCUAAAGUUUAUGAAGCAGUUCUUGGAGAAAUGAAAAUGUCUGCUAUUGAAUAUCCUAUUCCUGAACAUGGUUAUUAUUUAAUGAAAUGUGUUUCUCAUUUUAUGACUAUGGUACCAUUUUUUAAUAUUAUGUGUGCUGAUGAUAUUGAACCAAGAAUUGUUUGGAUUCAUAGAGAACCUGUUGAUGAAUAUAAAUCUGCUUUUUAUUUAAUGUUGAAUGGAAGACAAAAAUAUCUUGGAGAUCUUGGAUUAGAUGAUUAUAAAUGGGAAAAAUGGAUCGCUGAAAAACCUGAAAGAGCAAAACAAAUUUGUGAUAUUGGUUUUAGAGAAAUGAUUGCUGAUCCUAUUAAAGUCAGUCAAAGAAUUUAUGAUCAAUUUGGAUUAGAACUAACUCAGGAAAUGAAAGAUUCUAUGUUGAAUAUUAAAAAAGAAGGUGAUCCUCAAAAAGAACAUGGUAGAAAAGAAAAAAGAGAUGAAGAUUUCUUUAUUCCUGAUGAUGAAGUUAGAGAACGAUUUAAAUGGUAUUAUGAAAAGUUUGGACAAUUUAUGCCAAAUUAUUGGGGAGUCAAUUAA